AAAACUGAUACGUACAUACAUCGAGCGAAUUCACUAUCAUAUAUUUCUUGAUUAAACAGUACGCCAUAUUAGCUCCGUUAAAACGAUCACAAUGGAUAUUAAUUUCCAAGGCAAGCGUAUUCUCGUCACGGGUGCUGGACAAGGAAUUGGUAAAGAUCUAGCACUUCGUCUAUCCAAAUAUAAAGGGAAAGUAAUAGCUCUUAGUAAAACGAGCGAACAUUUGAAUAAAUUAAUUGCCGAGGAUCCAGAGAUCAUACCAGUAUGCGUUGAUCUUAGAAAUUGGAAAGCAACGAGACAAGCUAUUGAAAAUGUUUUACCGAUUGAUCUAUUGGUGAACAAUGCUGGUAUAGGUCAUCUCUCUCCUUUCUUGGAUGCAACACCGGAGGAUUUUGAUUUAGUAUUUGAUGUUAAUGUUAAAGCGAUUAUGAACGUAUCUCAAGUGGUCGCUAAAAACAUGAUUGAAAGAAAUGUUGCUGGCAGUAUUGUCAACAUGUCUUCUCAAGCUAGUCAAGCUGCCUUGAAGGAUCAUACUAUUUAUUGUUCUUCCAAAGGAGCCGUCGAUAUGUUGACAAAAAUGAUGGCUCUCGAACUUGGCCCACAUCAAAUUCGCGUAAACGCUGUAAAUCCUACGGUCGUCCUCACGGAAAUGGGAAAAUUAGGAUGGAGCGACAAAGACAAAGCUUCAAAUAUGAUCAGCAAAAUUCCAUUGGGUCGAUUCGCAGAGAUCGACGAAGUCACAGAUGCGGUAGUAUAUUUAUUAAGUGAACGCAGUUCAAUGAUAAACGGAAUAAUCUUACCCGUGGACGGUGGAUUUUUAGCAACAUAAAUUGCUCUAUUUGAAUUAUGGAACAUUAUAAAACACUACGCAUUUUACUCUUUUC